CACUAGCCCGAUACUUUUUGUUUGUAAACAGUGAAAUAACUUGCCCAAUUCUCACUGAUCUUGACAGUGAAUAGUGUCUCAAGUCAGGCAGUUAAUUAUUUUCUAUUAUCAAAUACCGUGCGUCGUAAUUUUUCGUCUGGAUACUACUUAGGAAGCAAAGUUUCUUUGCUUGUUUGAUUGUCGCAAUGCUUCAUGCAAAGCGUAGUAUUGAUGGCCGCCACCGUGUCGCAUAAAACCACAGGUGACUUCGUUCGGAAAUUCCACCUCGACCAAGUUUAUCCUGGUCAUUAGUUGCUUAUUUUACAUUGGAUUAUAAUUUCGAUUUUUAAUCUGAACUGUAUUUUACUAUCAGAAUGAUAAAUUUCAUUUAGAUACCGCCUGGACCGGCGAGGGUUACAGGUGUGAGUAAAAGAAGGUGGAGUCGCUUGGCCAGUUCGGAGUCUGACUCAUUCUGCAUUGUUGUGUACAAAAUGUAUAGUAUGGCUGGUUGUGCUUACUUCUCUAAAAUGACUGCCCGGGGUGGACGGACUAGUGCCAAAUUCAUGACUUAUGUGUGGAUAUUCACUGGAAUAAUCGUUACAGUCUCUACUCAAAAUUUUGAUCCUGCUGACAGUCCUGUCAUUGAUAGUCCACCAACCAUGUUUAAACGCCAACCAGUUGCCUCAGAAGUGGAAUUAUUAAGCGGCAGUAAAAUAUUCCUCUGUGAAACGAAUGGAAGUCCUACGUUAUCGUAUUGGUGGUUAAAAGAUGGCGUACCGUAUUCGACGUCGUCACCAUUAGUUUUAAAAAAUUUACAGAAAAGUAACGCUGGCAUAUAUCAGUGUAAAGCUAGUAAUAACUAUGGUGCUGUGCUCAGUCACAAGGCAAGACUGGAAGUUGCAUAUAUUGAAUAUUUUAGUGCCACGCAAGACCAAAUCCUGACAGUGAACCAGGGUGACGCCAUAACUAUCUCGCUCCCAUCCAUCGACAGCAUUCCAGAUCCUGAGAUCAAAUGGUUCCAAGGCACCACAGAGAUUACAGGCCAGGAACGCAUUUAUAAAUCGCUCAAAAAUGACCUGAUUAUCUUAGAGUCGAGAUUUGCUGACCAUAAUAAGGUGUAUAAGGCCCAGGCUAUCGAUACGAUUUUACGGGAAAAGCGGGACACACCGAAAUAUACGCUAUCAGUUCUCAAUGUUAAUUCACCAACGAGUAACAUUCCACCAACGUUUAUCAUCAAACCUAGCAACACCACCGCCAAACUAGGAGAUUAUUCUGCCGUGUUAGAAUGUGUCGUCAAUGCGAGACCUUUGACUUUCGUCAGCAUUGACUGGUAUGUUUUAAAAGCAGGAGACCGUAAGAAGAUUACAUCAGCUGACUCGACGUAUAAAAUCGAGGAUUUUAAUCGUAAAUUGACAAUACGACGGCCACAGAGCAGUGAAAAUGGAGAGUAUGAGUGCUAUGUGUCAUUCGAUGUGCCUGGUGGGACGAGGUAUCCGACUUUGUCUGCUAAGGCAAAUUUUACAGUCUACAUUGCCCCUUCAGCCAAUGGUGUCAUUUCCCCCAUCGAGUUACAGAAAGAUUAUGGCGAUACUGCCACAGUCACAUGCCCCGUGGCAGGCUUUCCCAAACCUACCAUCAAGUGGUUCAGAAAUGCCGUGCCCAUCACAACUGGUAUGGGAACAAAAUACACACAAUUGGAUAGUGGGAGCAUCCAGCUUACAUCCGUGACUCCAGAUGACUCUGCAAUCUACCAGUGCUUCGCCAAGAAUGAAGUCGGUGAAACAGACAUCGUGACAAACCUUGUGGUUGUCAGUGCCCCUGCCAAGAUUGUCAAGCCACCAGGAGCAGCGGCUGUGAUAGAAGGGGCUAAUGUCCGAUUCGAGUGCGAGGCAUCAGGCGCACCCAAACCUACUAUACAAUGGAAUAAAAAGGCCCAGUUUGGAUCGAAUAUCGUCGUAAGCGGUGGCCGUUUUCAAAUUCUUGAGACGGCGUUGUUGAUCACUGCUGUGGAUGUGAAAGACGCAGCGGAAUACGAGUGCAUUGCUAGAAAUGCUAAGGGCACGGAUUCAGCUAGUGCUAACCUCAAAGUUGCCAUUCGAACUGUCAUAAUCAGACCGCCUCAGAAUGUUGAUGUUAUCAAGGGGUCCCAGGCGACGAUGAAAUGCGGCGUCCAACACAGUCCGGAUGUACCAGUCAACGUCCAAUGGUUCUUGAAUGCCCAACUUGUGACGGACUCAAGGAUGCAAGUCUUGGCCGACUAUACGCUACAGAUCUCCUCGGUGAGGAGUGACGACAUCGGCACGUACCGUUGCCAGGUGACAUCGCCCGCGGGCAAUGACAGCAAGAGUGCGGAUUUGAAAGUCGUAGAGCUGCCGUACGAACCCACCAUCACCUACAUAGCACUGAACCCAGCCUCGGACAGGAAGGUCGACCUGAGGUGGAGCCCUGGCUUCGACGGCAACAGUCCUGUCAAGGAGUUCAUCAUUCAUGAAAGACUUAUACCACCAGGAGCAACAGCAUAUUACAUUUUAGAUGCACCUAUAGGUACCUCGAUGAAUACGAAUGACGGGUGGCAGCUUGUUGCCAGGAAUAUUGGAGCAGACGUGAGGGCCUACACGGUUGACAAUCUACAACCAGCAAAGACGUAUCAGUUCCAUGUUACAGCCGUGAACAGUGUCGGAGAAGGCCGGCCAAGUUUGCCCAGUAAUACUAUCACUCUGCCUCAGCAAGCGCCAAGUGGUCCUCCCACUGGUGUCGUCGGCAGUCCACGAAGUAACAGCUCAAUCAUUGUCCAAUGGCAGCCGCCGGAGGAAAGCAAGUGGAACGGCCAACUCAAAGGCUACACUAUACGCUACAAACCGUCGCGAUAUCCCGCCAGUACUUAUCAGUAUGUGCAGAUCCAGAAUCCCUCUGUCAGGAUGAGGGAAUUGACUGGCUUGAUCGUUUUCUUGGAGUAUGAAGUUGAGAUCGCUGCGUAUAAUGACAAAGGAGUCGGUGCUUACAGUAACAGUAUCGUGGUCAGGACGAAGGAAGGUAGUCCCACGGCUGCACCGAGAAAUGUCAAAGCAACUGCGUUGAAUUCAACAAGUAUCAAAGUGACAUUCUCGCCCCCAGAUCCGCAGAAAAUCAACGGAAUCAACCAAGGGUACAAGGUGCAUGCACGGCUUCCAAAUUCCGUGAUAAAUGCUGUCGAGAGUAUAAUUCCACCUGAACCGACUAUCAUCAACUCGGAACAGGUCGGCUUCCUUCACGGUUUGAAGAAGUAUACGGAGUAUAUGGUGACGGUGCUGUGCUACACUGGGGCUGGGGAAGGACCGUCCUCGCAAGGGGAGCAAGUCAGGACUCUCGAAGAUGUUCCCGACGAAGUUGAGAACAUGAGGUUUGAGGAUGUGUAUGAUACAAGUCUCAAAGUCAUCUGGAACCCGCCAAAGAACAUCAACGGACAACUCAAAGGCUAUACCCUCAUCUAUGGGCUCCAGAACCAGACCGUCGGGCAGACCCAACGGGAUCUUGGCCCUUCUACCCGUAACUUUACGAUCAAUGGUCUGAGAGCACAGACUGUGUACAGCAUCAAACUGUACGCUAGAACUCGAGUUGGAAAUGGUGCGGCAAAGAUGUUGGAUAUAAAAUCAGGAGAGAAGCCGGAAUUGCCUGGCCCUCCACUCAAUCUGGAUGUCAGCUUUUACGGGCCGAGAUCAGUGGUGUUGCAGUUCCUACCAGGGUCCACGGGGAAGACCACAAUCAUCGUAUGGGAGAUCGAAGCACAAGUGGGCUCCGACAAAACGUGGGUGAAAGUCUAUGAGGAGAAGGCACCGAAUGCGCGGGAACUUACCGUUAAGAAUUUGAUUCCUUACACCUACUAUCGGCUGAGGAUGAGAGCUGUGAAUAUCAUAGGGAGAAGUAAUGCCAGUGUUCCGACAAACUUGUUUCAGACAAUACAGGCAGUGCCAUCUGUGGCUCCGGGGAAUGUUACGGUCAGAGCUGUGAAUGAGACUGCCGUCAGGGUCAGAUGGACACCUCUUCCGGUACAAGACUGGAAUGGUCUCCCCAAAGGUUACAAGAUAAGCUACCGCUCAAAAGACCUGAACAACUCCUACACUGAAGUCAGUCUGGAGAAUAGCAAUGGGAAUGGAUACCUGUUGACAGGUUUACAGGAGUGGACCAUGUACGAGGUCAGACUGCGGGCGUACAACAUCAUCGGGAAUGGUCCGUACAGUCCGGUGAAGUCAGAUAGGACGAGGGAGUCGGUUCCGUCUGCUGGACCUAAAUGGGUUAACGCCUCAGCGACUGGUUCGACCACCAUCAGUGUGACCUGGGGUGACGUCCCCCUGCUUCAUCAGAAUGGCGAGAUCACGGGCUUCAAGGUGUUGUAUCGAUCUGUCGGCCAAGAAAUGGAGAAAGUGCUCGUCUAUGGUGGCACCACCAGGGCCUGGAAUUUGAAUGGCCUGGGGAUGUAUGUUAUGUAUGAGAUCCAAGUUGUGGCAUGUACCCGAGUGGGAGAUGGAGUUCCGAGUCCAAAAAUGCCCAUUGCUGAGAGGACGGAUGAAGGAGUGCCCGGUCCCCCUGCUGGCAUCUACUUCCCCGAUGUGACUUACUCAACGGCCAGGGUUGUUUGGAGCCCUCCGACAGAACCAAAUGGCAUCAUCAGAGGUUACAGUGUAGCAUACUACGAGGAAGGGUCUGUCCCCACAUCAGCUACAGUUGAUAGCACCCUUGAGCCUACGAGGAGGGAGUACUCAGUUUCUGGUCUCAAAGAACAGAAGUUGUAUUUUUUCACCCUGAAGGCAAGGACGAAUGAAGGCUGGGGCAGAGCUGUGAGCGUCACGGUCAAGACCAUACUGAAUCGAUUGGUUCCUGAAGCUCCCCACAAGCCCUACAUCGGAGUAGCUGGCGCAGCCUCUCGAGUGAUCACCCUCCGUUGGCAGGCUGGGUUCGAUGGGUACAGCCCGAUCAGGAACUAUACGAUUCAGCAGAGCAGAGACAGUGGCAAAACGUGGAUGUUCUAUGAUAAAACCGUGCUCAUCAAUGGCGGCGGUGACUUUGUCUCGUAUGAUGUUACUGGCCUUAAGCCCUAUACCAAGUACACAUUUCGUGUCGCAGCCAACAAUGACAUAGGACGAGGACCAUUCAGCCCGCAAUCAGAUGAGAGGGAGACGUUACAAGACAAACCAGAUGCUCCUCCGUUCGAUCUACAGGUUAUCCCAGUGACCACAACAUCCGUCAAAGUGUCUUGGAAGCCCCCAGCCCAGGACACAUGGAACGGUGACCUCCAAGGCUUCAAGCUACAGUACCGCCAAGUUGAAAACCCUGACUACCAGAUCCGAGCCACCACGGCGACCGAGGUCACGCUGACUGGUCUGAACAAGGGUUUCAACUAUGAGCUGAGGAUUAGCGCAUACAAUGGCAUCGGCUCUGGCCCGAGUAGUCCGCCAGUCACAGUUUAUGUGGGAGAAGCCAUCCCUGCUGCUCCGCCUAAGGCUGUCGUACAAGGUGCCGUCUUGAGCACCGAAGCAGUCAUCUCCUGGGCCCCACCGCCCCAGGAUCAACAGAACGGUGAUCUACUUGGAUACAAGGUUUACUAUUGGUCAGUUCCAAAUAAUAGGAGAAAGAGACGAGCACUUGCAAUGACCAGCAGACGCAAGCGGGCAAUCGCACCAGCAGAUGUAAAAAUGCAGGCAGUGACAUCUAGUGAGAACCAAGUGCGAUUGACAGAUCUGAAAAAGUACACGAAGUACAACGUGAUGGUGUCGGCGUUUAACCCGGCUGGAGACGGACCCAACAGCAGCGUUAUCAGUAUAGUCACGGAUCAAGACGCUCCGGGUGCUCCAGGGCUUGUAACCUUCUCCGACAUACUGAUGACGUCAUUGGUGGUUCGUUGGGAGCCUCCAAAGGAGCCAAAUGGUAUCAUCACGUACUAUGUUGUCACCUACCAACCAUGGAGGUCGCCAUCUGGAGUCAGUACCAUAGUGUCGGCCAAGAUUCCUGGCGGAACACACCAUUACAUGGUGACCAACCUCCUGGAAGACGUCUCGUAUUUGUUCAGUGUAAAGGCUAGGACCAAGGUUGAUUGGGGGCCGCAGAGCACAGGCAAUGUAACGACGGGUCCACAAAAAUUGUCACCCAAACCGCCGCAAAGACCCGUCAUAACAGUUCAUGCCACGUCCAUCGGGCUCAAGUGGGAAAACGACAAUUCCAUUGAGAGUGACAUCACAGGCUACUUGAUCCAAGGCCGCCUCGACAAUGGGACAUGGGAGACUGUCCUCAGACUGAACAGCCCCGAGCCCAACGCCAUUGUCCCCUUCUCCAACCUCAAGUUAAAGACAGACUACAGGUUUAGGGUGAUUGCUCUCAAUCAGCAUGGAAUCAGUUCACCGAGUGAAGAAUCUUCUCCUUUCACCACUCCAGCAUAUGACUCGAAGCCGUUCUAUCAACAGUUUUGGUUUCUUAUCAUCGUGGCGUUGACUGCUGUUAUUUUCAUCAUCGUCAUAAUUGCCGUGUUUCUGGUGUUGGGGAGAAAUAAGAAGAAACGAGAUAAAAAGAAAGGUUUAUCAGCAGCUCAGAGUAUUGAUGAUGGUGGUUUCUCGACAUUCGAGUUACGAGCAUCUCAGAGGUUACCACCGCCGCCUCCAAAAAUUAAUGGUACUCUUGGGAAGAGUAAAAAUAAUUAUUAUAGGUCGGGUCCAAAGCUAGGUCCAGCCAGCAUCUAUUCAGAUGAUGAUUCCAUAGCUAAGCCACCCAUUCCAUCUGACAGCAGUAGCUGCACGGAAAAACCAGAUGAUCUGGACUCUGUCACGGAGACACAGGCGAGUGACAGUGAACCAGAAUGUGAAAAACCAUUAGGUGCUCAUGGUGGAUUCGUCAACCCAUACGUGGGGGACUCGAUACGAAAAUCAUGGAAGGAGCAACAUCCUUCAAAAGCAUAUAGCUACACAGACAGUGAGCCUGAAUCAUAUACUCUUAGCAUAAACGGCGGCCAGCAUUUACACAAUAUGAACAAUCUGGCUGGUUCUAGAGCACCGUUACCCGGAUUUUCCUCAUUUGUAUAGCGAACGUCCUCCAUGUAGUGGAUAUUUUCAAACUGUGCCAAGUGGUGGAAAAAUAUGAGGGUCAUCUGUUUAGCGUGUAUGGAUAACUGUUGACGAAUUUUCAUUUUAGGGGCAUGGGAAGGGGUUAAAGUAAGCAGCAUUCGUGCAUACGCACUAGAUUGAUAUCGGUGUUUGUAUGCGAGUUGUUUGUGCAAUGGCUGAGUGUUGACAGGGUAUUUUUGUUUGUGCGUUCUUGAGGAAUUUGGCCACGGAUCAGUGAUUUACAUUACGUUUCUGGAAAGGAUUAUUUCAGUCAGGGAUGCAGGUUCUUCAGAUUUUCGUCCCAAGGAUCCAAGAAGUUUCAUGUAUGUAGGCGGACCUAUCAGAGUGAAAAUAUUCAUAUAAAUGCUAAAUGUGUGAUUCUGAUAUGAGAAAUGACUAACAAUCCUAAUGUCUUUCAAUCAUCGACAUUGUCUUAGAAUUACUUGCACAGCUACUUAAUCUCGGAUUAUCCCGAAAUCGUUUGGGAUGAUAAUAACCUCCCAGGUACAAUUUCUGCAUGACAUGACAUGAAUUGAUGAUGCGUACCACCAGAUUUUACGAGCUUACAAAAUGGUACAAGUACAUGCAGGACAUUGUACAAAGCUAAUGUAUCAUAGUCUGUUGCAGGACAUUGUACAAAGCUAAUGUAUCAUAGUCUGUUUCCAAUAAAGUGAAAAACAUGAUAUAAAAUGUUCACUUCUUUGAGAUUUUGACUUGACCUGAUGCUGUGCAUCUCUGGGUUUCAGUAGGCUUAGACUUGACUGGAAUCACCUACAUGUAUAGCGGUAUAAAUAAGAGAAGCAGAAUAUGUAAAUAUUUGUCGAAUGUGUUCAGAUAUCAAAGUAAUUGUACAGUUAUUGUAAAUUAUGUUGUUAACUACUUGUAGAACAAUUAUAUGUUUCUCUUGGGAAGUCUCUUGUUCUUUGCAAAAUACAGUAACAACUUUCAAUAAGGAUACUUUUCAAAUGUAAAAAGAGAAGUACCGGUUAGAACAAGGAAGCUGUUGCUUGUUUCUGAUGUUGUGAGUUCAUCACUUGAUCAAGUACAUAUGACUUGGGUGGCUAUUUCUCCUUUUUCCUCUAUGUGCGCAAGGGAGGGCAAUUUUAAAAGAUGAUUAUCAUGAAAAAAUGGCGGCAGAUAUUACCGUAGAAUUUGAACAGUAACAGUAUACCUUCAUUGUUGUGAGGUCCAUUUGCAAUUAAUGAUGAAAUCUAUUUGUUUAUAAUACAAGGUGAUCAUAAAUGGACACUGCUGACUUAUUUGUUAUAAUCAGUUGACUUCCCUCCAUUCUCGUAACCAUGGUUACCAAGGCCAGUAGCAUAAUUUUUGUUUCUUGCACAUUUUUUGAUUGUCAGCGGUAUUUUAUAUGCAAAGCAGAAAGAUUAGCGCUCUUAGCAAUGGAACCACAUUGGAUUUAGCACUGACAGUAUCAUCAUUAUGAUAAACACAUAUUUCUUGUGUUACAUAUCUGUUUAAAAAGCUGACCUGAGUAAGUGGCUUCAGGAUAUUUUAUUUUAAACAGUUCAAGAUAUAGAUCUAAUCUUGAUUUUUAGAAUUUAUUUCGUUUUUUAAGAUCUCUUCCAUUUAUGUUGAGUUUUGUAUUCAUAGAGACCUGCCUGAUUAAGUUUUUAAUUUCAGGGAGGAGGGCAGGUAUACUGUAGAAAGAUGAAAUUCUAUCAAAAACUUGUGGUUAUAAUAUUCUUGCGUGAAUAUUUCUAAAACAAGGAGCGAGUUGAAGAAUGUCCAAAGUUGUGCUUUAGUGCAAUAGUGAUCAUUGGCAGAUUUCCGUCUAAAUGUACAGUAUUCAAAAUAUAUGUGAAAUUAGCAUAGAGGUUUAAAAAUCUAAAGAAUUCAACGUUAAAAAUUAUGAAAUUAAAAGUCAAUGAAUUCUUCUACUGUUAAUAAUGAUUGUUAAAAACAUUGUAUAUAGAAACUAAUGUGUGUGCUGUGGUUGGUCUUCAUCCGUAUACCAGUAGGUCAUUUGUGUAUAAUUGUAGUAUUUAUUAACUUUCUAGUUGACCCUUUAACACCACUGGAAAUGUCAUUGCUCUUCUUGAAAUAUUCAUCAGAAUGACUUUUGAGGACAGGACAUGACACUUUAAAACUUGAAUUCGCUGUUUGCGUAUUUCUGUACUGAUAUUUUCAAUCAGGGAUACAAAUUUCACCAGUGGUGUUGAAGGGUUAACGAUAACUUGCAUUUCAUUAAAAACAUUGUUGCCAGGCAAACAUUAUGUCAAUAAUCAUCAAAAUUCAUGAAAUUUCUUAAUGAAUGGGAAAUUUCAGAAGAUGUAAAUUUUCUUUACCAGUAUCUCUCAUUCAUUGAAAUCAGAGAACUUCAUGAGAUUUCUAACUAUUAUAAACAUAAUACUUGUCAUGUGAAAAUCAUCUGCAUGGUUCGUGUGUAUUCAGUAGAAGUUGCUCUUUGCUUUGCCGAUACUAACUUGUUAGCGUCAGCAAUAAUUUAUAGGGAGUUUGGCUCGCUUGUAUAUUUUUGGUGUCAAGUUAUUUCAGGUUUUGGAUUGUACAUGUACAGAUAAAUAUUCAUACAGUUCUUGGUUGUGAUGUGUCUUAUUUUAUAAAGGACUGUGAACCUUGAAGUGUUCACAAUCUAAAACGUUGGUGAAUUUGCUCCUUUUCAAUUGGCGACAGACUUAAAGCCGCAUUUGCAUUUAAAUGGUUAAGGUGGUUGCAUUGUUAAAGUUUGUGUUGCAACUGGUAUUUGCGAAAGUUCACAAAAUUAACUCGUGGAAAUUUCAAGGUUCGCUGUAAUUAAUUGUAUACAAAUCAAAGCUCCAAUUGAAAUGUGCCUUCUGUAAUCUGGUUGUAAUUUGGUGACCUGAGACUUGGAAAUAUUAGAAUAGUUAGAAGCUGAAUGCAUCUGGAUUCCAGUGUCUCAGAGGUGGGGUCAGUUCCUUUGAUCUUUGUAAACAAGCAUUCAGACAAAGAUGGGCUGAUGCCAGGGUGGGUUGUUUUAGGAAUAGAAGUGUCUGCCAAUGACUCCAAACUGAUACAAAUAUGCAUCGUGAAUCUAAACUGAUCAGAUGAGGUUGUUCUGUAGUUGACGAUGACUGUACCAACUCUAUUAUGUGAACUGGCAAUGGUUUCGUACAUGUCUUCAUUACAUAUUUUAUAAGGUACCGGUAGUUUCCUUUACUUAUCCCAUUUGUAAAUGUUACGAGGAGUUGAAUGGGGAGAGAGACCUGUCUGGAGUGGCCACAGCAUGCUCUAGAAUUCACAUCGAAUGACAAAUAACUAUAAGCUUUUUACCCCCAGUUUCCUGAAUGGACUCUGCUGCAAACACUGGAUGGAAGAGUCCAUAGAGAAAUAAGGUUUGAAAGGUUGAUAACCAGAUCAUGAUUUGGUUCAUUGUUUGAUUGAACCUCAAGAUAUGAAAUGUUAAAGACGAUAUUGUCUUGGGUGGACAAAAAAUGAUGUUCACACGAAAAUGUAUUUGAAAAUAUUUGUAAAUAAUUUUACAUUUUUGUAAAAUAAACCAAACAUUCCUAUCAUAAUAA